AACCCGGGUAAACAGAGGGUAUUACCCCUUUUUUUUCUACCCACUUGUUGAUAUAUAAUAUAAGAGCACUACGAGGCAUACUCAGUCGUUGUUAGUCAGUGGAGGCACAAUUACAGCAAUUAAAAAAACACCUUAAUCAUGAAACUUGACUUGGAAUAUGUUCUUAAGACUCUUCUCAACACAGUGAGAAGGAAGAAAAAGGCCGAAGAGGAUAAAAAACGCAUAGUAAGGGUCGAAGAUGAGGAAGACAUUUCACAGUUUGAAGGAUUUACCGAAGGGAUCGUUGACUGGAUCUUUCGGAUAAUCAGCGACUUAACGGUUGCUGUAUUGGAGAAACUCUUUGAUUUUGUGAUGGUGGCCAUAUUAAAACUGGUCGAUGUCGGACAAAACGCGCUGGAGUGGUUCACAAAUGAGAUAAAAGUGCAAGCAGCCGCCCUGGAUGCACUUGUGGAGUAUCUCACAAAGUACUUGGGAUUCGCCAUUGAAUAUUAAUCACAAGAAAUUACGAUUAAUUAUCAAUUCAAUAAAUUGCUAUGUGGCUUUAAUCCAUACAAAAUCCA